AUGGAUUUAAAUGUGUGUAUUGAUGUGGAACAAUACGUUAAAAAGGAAAAAAUUGGUAUAAACUUAAAAAAUAAUCAAGAAUCGUAUUUGUAUGACCUUGAAUUGGUAGAAAAAAUUAAAUCUUCCCCAACUUCUUUUGUUUUUGUAUUUGAAUACCCCGAGGAAAUUCGAGAUGUGGUAGAAGUUGACAUCUUUUCGGCUUUUAUGUUCAUUGGCACACACGACACACCCUCGAUUCCAGGCACUUGGAAUGGCAUAGUUUUAGACGAAGAAGAUCACCAAGUAAAAAGGAAAUAUACUCCCAUUUAUAUCGACGUCGAUAAAAGAUUGGUCCACUUUCUUAUUCGUAUAUACUCUCCAACAGAUUUGUAUCCAGACGGAGGGAAAUUCACAAGAUAUCUAGACAAAUUUCUGCCGACAGAAACCAUAACAUUCAUGCCCUUAAAACAAAAGUACAAGUUGAUAACUGAUAAUACAAUAAAGGCACUGGGUAAAAGAAUCGAAUUUGAUACGUUAAACAUAGCUGCAGGGGGUACUGGAAUAACUCCCUUUAUAAGGUUGUUGAAUUAUUACCAGGAUCUGCCAUAUGAUAUUAACCUGAUAUACUGCAAUCGGUCAGUAGAGGAGAUAAUGCUCAAGGGUCUUUUUGAUAAACUUGCAAGCAUAAACAAAAGACUUAAAAUCACAUACUUGGCAUCAAGUGGAGUUCCAUCUGAGGACUUAGUUAUAACCAGGAUAACGGAGGAAAUCGUAUCAAAAAAGUUCAUUAACACUGAAAAGGCAGUGUGUUUAUUUUGUGGUCCACCGGGAUUUAACGAUUUGUUUGAUAACCUAAAUAGAUUUGUUGCCAAGGCGAUAGUUUUAUCGAAAUUGGUAAAACUAAGGCUUGCACAGCCAAUGCUCAAAGGAAGUGUUGAGGACUCAAACAAGAGUCUUAGCGUUUCUGUAAAGGCUGUUUCUUUCCUUACUAAAAUUGUUCCAAUUUUAAAGUUAGCUCAGGCACUUUCAAACAAAUCUCUGGUGUCCUCAACUGUAUCAAAAGGUACCAAAAAGGUAGGAACAGUUCGCUUGCAUAACAAGGAGGAACAGAUUUGGCGUGUUUUAAGGCCAGGAUAUGAAAAACAAACUAAACACUUGAGAUGGAGAAAAUAA